AUGUCAGCGGUCAUGUCGUACAUCGACGAUCAUACACACACACGCCUAGAGCAGGACUCAUACUUUGAACUCACAGGGGAUGGUACAGGCGCACGCUCCAGCAAUACACAAAACUCCAUUACGCCCGUACACACAGAAAAUCGGUCACAAGAUAUAGAUCCCGCUAUGCUAAUUGCGUCAGAGCCUGUCAAAGAAAACGAUGUAGCAGAUAAUUCGUUGGUACUCGACGAGGCCACAAUCAGAAGGAAAAGCCAACUUAUCCAGGCCCUUGGGCAAUUUAAGGCCAAAAACCCAGAACGGAUGACCCUGCCAGAGUAUAUCAUGCAUGCCUUUGUAAUGCUACACACAAAAAAUGAAAACACGAUUCUCACCUACGAAAUCAUUAUGGACCAUAUCAAAAUAGAUGAAGCUGUAUAUGCUAACAUGCUGCGCUCAUAUACACUAACGAGACUGGAGCAAGAGGACUUCGAUAUUGACGCUGUUGGAAUAUUCAAGGCUGAUUUCGAAAACGAUCAGAAACUCGCAUUGCUAGAUAAACAGAUCACGUGGCUCUGUGAAUGCUGCUGUACAGACAUUGAAGAAACAGAAGAUAAGGAAGUGACAUCACACACAGAAAAGAGAGGACAUGAUGACGUGCAACAAGAUAGACAUAUGGAUGCAAACAAACAACACAAAAAAAAUGAUGAGUCGCAACAAAACGGACCAUUCAGCUUCGCAAAACUAAUAGGCGUAGAAGAUCUCCCUACAGAUGUCAUGUACGAGGCACUGAGACAGCAUGGGAACAGACUUGUACAACGCAGCCUAUACGCAGCACCAAGGAGGCUAUAUGCAUCGCCAGGAUGGACAUGCAAUCAAGAGGUAGCAACGAGAUUGAACUCCUCAGCUGCAGAACUCAAAGCAUUCGCCGAAGAUAUACAUAGAUAUUCCGUAGACACCACAGCGGAUGAUGAAUACUAUGGGGAGCAACGCAGACUCUCAGUACGACAAUCAGCGUUACUCAGGAAACGAUACCUAUGA